AUGCCGUCGGCAACUAUCGUCUCGGGUCGCCCCCGGAAGAGCACCUUCCCAGAGAUUCCCGUGUCCUCGACCUCUCACCCAGAUAACCCAAUCCCAGAAGAGCCGCGUGGCGUUCGAUCUCUAUCAAUCACAGACUUCACUUUCAAUGGCUUGCAAACAUCCCAAGACUCAGACUCCAAUGGCUCGGAAUCGCCCUCAACCCCAAUCACACCUCCCGAUACCCAGAGUGAAGAGGAACACCUCUCUGUGAAGCCCCAUGGCCGACAGCGACGAGCUUCCACAGUUCUGAUCUCCCAGAACUCAGAGGAUAUGAGAAGGGUGUUGGAAAAUGUUGGUACAGGUGGCACGCAAAAAAUCCAGUCUAUGUGCUGCGGCGGAGGUUGUUGCCGAGGUCGGCCACUGCAGCCUCUGGAUGGACCAAUCUCUGGAUUCAAUUCCAUUACGGCCCCGGACAAUAAGGCUUUUGCCAGUCUGGAUUUAAAUCUCAACCUCCUCACUCUGGAUAGUGAUCUUUCGAACAUUGCCACACUCCCCGAGAAGACUGUCUUCUUUUCGCCCGCCCCCGCAUCAGCCCGGGAUUUGCCCUCGGGGCCAUCAGAUCACCCCCCGCAGUUCGUGCAGCCCCAUCCUCCUUAUGAGGUUUACCGAGCCCCUCUUCAUCAUGCACGUGAGUUGACCAAGGGUGGUGCGGAGAAGCGCACCUACCACUUCGAUAUUGAUGUCACUGACUACCCUGCUGAGAGUGGAAUGGUGGAUUUUGUCGUUGGAGGAGCCAUUGGUGUGUGCCCGAAGAAUAAGGACGAAGAUGUUGAAGAUAUUCUGGAUCUUUUGUGUGUGCCGAGGUCAAUGCGUGAUAAGAAGGUUCUUAUGCGCACUACCACAGGUCGCUGGCCGACCAUUUGGGGUGACGACAAGCCACGUGAACUGAUUACAACUCGUCGCGAGGUUCUAAGCUGGUGCUCAGAUAUUCAAAGUUAUGCCCCGACCAAGGCUCUCUUCCGUCUUCUGGCAGAAUACACCACUGAACCAAAUGAAAAGAAGGUGCUUGAGUACCUUUCAUCUGCACAGGGCCAGGGUGCCUUCUGUGACCUUCGUACAAGCUCUUACAUCAGCCUUGUCCAACUGUUACACGCCUUCCCCUCAUCCCAACCACCUCUUGACCACCUUCUCUCCGUACUGAACACCCUUAUGCCCCGCUUCUACUCCUUGUCUCAAGAUCCCUUGAUCUCUUGUCGCUUCAAGGGCACUGAAUGCCGUCGAUUGGUCGAGGUUGCGGUGACCGUCGCUGAGUCUGAGGAUUGGCGCGGUGGUAAUCGCACUGGUGUGAGCUCGGGUUACUUGGAGCAGCUUGCUCAGCGGGCUAUUAAGGCCGAAGCCGCUGGCGAGAAGCUUGAACUUUUUGUCCCCAUGUUCCGUGGCUUAAUGGCAAACCCACUCGCUACACGUUUCGCAUCUGAUGGACCCAUGCUUCUUAUCGGUGCGGGUGUUGGUAUCGCUCCGUUCCGUGGAUUUGUCCAGCGUCGUCUGCAGUCUGCAAACUGUGCCAACAAGGUCUGGGUUCUGCAGGGUGUACGUGACUCACUCCUUGAUGAGCUUUACAGUGGUGAGUGGGGUGUGCAUGAGGACAAGGUGCGCACAGUUGUACAGAGCCGUCGCGGUGAAAGUCGCUACGUUCAAGAAGAGGUCCGUCACCAGGCUGACUUGGUCUGGUAUGUGAUUAACGCUCUUGACGGUCGUGUUUUUGUCUGCGGUAGCGGCAAGGGCAUGGGUGAGGGUGUGGAGGCUGCUCUUAUCGAGGUUUCCAUGGCGAAGGGUAACUUGAAUGCCCAGGAAGCAGAGCGCUUCUGGCAAAGUAAGAAGGAAGCUGGACAGUACAUUGCUGAAACUUGGUGA